AUGCCGGUGGCCGUGGGUCCCUAUGCGCAGUUGCAGCCCAGCUGUUUUGACCUCAUGAAGAUGGGCUUAGUCAUGGGUUGUGCUGUGGGCAGGGUGGCUGGGGCCCUGUUCAGCACCUUCUGUCUCAGGAUGGGAAUGCGGGGUUGGGAGCUGAUGGGCAGCACUGGGAAAUCCAUGAUGCUGAGUGGCGGCACCUUCGGUGCAUUCACGGCCAUUGGAAUGGGCACAAGAUGCUAA